UCAUUAGGCUAAAGAAGAACCACCUCUGAAAAGAAAUUAGUGAGUUCAACUUUGCCAUUCCAAAUUUCCAAAAUCAAUUUUAUAUUCAGCCCUGUUGAGACUUGUCUCUUACUUGUCGUGUCGUAUCUCUCACGAAUAAUUUCACUGCUUACUCGUCUCAAACUUUCAUCACACACACGAUCCAGUUUAGUUUGACUUGCGGGAAUCGGCGUGUUCUGAUUUCGUACUUCACUUCUUCACGUUUUCCUUGAUUAUCCGUCAAGCAAGGACUGGCAAACUUUACUAUUAUCCACACCCACCCACCCAGUCUACGAGGGCGAGAUGGCGAGUGAGCCGACUGGGACCGCUGGGGGGGACGAGGACGUUAACAUAUUUGAUGAGCCAUCAUCCCCCCCAGAAGAAGAGUGGCGAGAAAAGGCGCUCAACUGGGCACACAUUUUAAGUUAUCUUCAUACAAGUGAUAACGUUUCUUCAGCGUCAGUGGCUUCGUGCCUCGCCCUGAAUAAGGAUAUCGCAUUUCUUGUGGAUCAGGAAGUCAUCAGGGCACACUCCUUCAUACUCCAAAUUCGCAGCGCUUACUUUUCACGAGCACUUGGAAGGAUGUUCCUUCGAGCAUUGAAAGGUCUAGGUCAAUACGAGGAUGAAGAGGGAUACACGCUCUGGGAACUCAAACCUCUGCCGAUUCCAGCGAACAUGACGGAUCCAGAAUCUUUCAAGGCAAUGAUUCAGUUCAUGUAUACUGAAGAAUUAGACGAGCAACAAAGCGAUGAUAAACUUUGUGGGUUGCUCAAGGCUGGGAAGCGCUUUGAAGUCAAAUUGCUGGAAAAUCGAUGUGAAGACCUUUUAUACAAACGACUGAAUAUACAGAACAUGCUCAACAUUUAUGAAGUUGCGGAACUUUUAAACAAACAACCACUAAUGGAAUGUUGUUUUUCUUUGAUGAUAAAGAAUGGAGAUAUGUUUUUUGAGAGUCCCGACUUUACGAAAAUUAGUCAUGGUCUCCUCUGCAAAUUAUUAGGAAAUGAUGACUUGUGUGUCCAAGAAAAUAAUAUAUUUGAUAGUUGUCUAAGAUGGGCACGGGCUCAAUUGCAACGUUUGGGAAAGGAAGAAAACGGACAAAAUUUGCGUGGUGUACUAGACCCAGCUCAUACACUAAUUCGAUUUCCUCUUCUUCAUCAGGAAUUUAUCGUGCAAGGAGUUCAACCUCUUGGCCUACUGUUAGAUUCAGAGUUGCUGGAGAUUACGAUAUUUUUCUUAUCCCGAAAUGAAAACGGACUUAAAACGUUCAGCUCGAAAAACCGAUGUCACAAAGUGAUAAAAAUGAAACAAGAAAAAAGUACUAGUCAGCAAAGUAAUGAGUACUUAAAUACGAAAAAACCUUUGGCAUUAGAAUCCAACAACUCUUUUGAACAAUCGAGUAGUAAAGUCAGAUCGCAGCCUUCUCAACAUACGCAAAUAAAUUUAACUUCAAUUAAUGAAAUUCAAUCGACCCAUCCCGGAAUCAUUGAUAUUGUAAGCGAUGAGGAUCGUAGUGAGGCUGAAGAGGGAGAAAUCAGGACUGAAGAAGUUACCCUGAUGGAUGCUACUACCACUACUUCUACUGCUAGUAAUUUAAAUAAUCAUAGGCAGAAAAGGUUGGUCAGCCCUGACUCAACUCAUCCUCCACCAAAUUGUAUCGACCGACACGAUAAGAGACAAGACACAGAGCAGGAGCAAACGCACGAAGAAAAGAAGAGAAAAUUAGAUAGUUGUCCACAACAAGCACUAGGAUCACAGGAUAUAAAACAGGUCAUAACUGCUAGACCCUCCAAUUCCCAACUAAAAGGUUGGAAUAAUACCGUGACAGUGAAUGGAAAUUUUAACGAACUGUUGUCGAUUGAAGAAUUGCGUGAACGUCUGAAAAGUGCUCUUCAAAAUCUAGACGUGCAUACAUUAGAGGACGUAUUUAAAAUACGCUUAUACAAUGUGUUUUUAUCACACCGUCGAGACUUGAGCGUUAUCGUCGUACCAAACUUGUGUUACGUUGAAAUUGUGGUGGAUUCAUCCCGUCAUGCGCAAACGAUUUCCACUCAUCCGGACAACUAUUUAGUUUUUAGUCGCAAACCAGGUCCCCAAGUAUUAGACUCAGACCUCUGGAAUAGUCCUAUUCGGAUCUGUAUGUGGGAAAAUGGAAUUCGUAGGUUUGAGCUUAACCCGAAUGAGCAUACGCUCUUCAUUAAUAUCCGUGAAGGACAAACUGCAUCAAAUAUUGUACGAAAAUUGGCUGUGGAUAUCCCUACAAAGUACACCAUUGAAAAACUAGCCCUCUGUCGGACAAUAUUUCAUUCCAAGGUUGAUCCGAAGAAACUAACUAGCUUAGUCAUUCACAGAUGCGAAUUUGGUCGUACGGAUAUUCUUCGUGAUUGCUGCUCUCUGGAGCUACUGAGUUGGAUUGGCAUCAUCGAGAAGGAUAUUAUGGAUCUGGUCCAUUUGACUAACGUAGCUAAUACCUUGAAAACCCUCUCCUUAUGUAAUGUUACGGUGGCUGUCGGCGAAGGGGGGACGCCUUCUUUCAGGGUACUUGAGACCAUUCACUUUGUCAUGUGUAAGUGGGAUGAGCAACUUGAGAGACAACUUGGGAUCUUGGCCCCUGCCAUCCGAAAACUGUUUAUAACCGCCCCUCAUAACUUUAUGCCUUCCAACUUAAUGGCAACCGCUUUCUUAAAGCAGAUGACAGAUAUUGAAAAUGUUAUCGUGACUUAUGUGCCUUCGUGCAUUCUUAAAUGCGAUGAAAGGAAAACUGAAGGGGUCAGAUUCUUAAAGUUCUUUGAGUCGAAUGUACAAGUGAAUAACACGAAUACAACUGAUAUAGUUAUACCUAGGAAUGGAUUUCGUUUGUCUAGAAAGCUUCUUAGAUGGACAUUUUUUCAUUUGCCAUCAAACUCGUCAAACGGACCUAGCUUGACUGAUAAAGAGUUUUUCGAUUAUUUCCUGCUGUCGGUGUUUUCCAGAGACUGUAUUGCAUAUUUCAGAGAAACUGUGCUUGAGUGUAAACACGCCUCGUGUCCCGGUCGGUACUUUCAGCAAGGGAAUAUUACAAGUCUUUGUCUACAUGAGCAAUCUAUGUCUGAUAAGUAUAAUAAUGUCAGCCCAUGUUGUGCCGGUGGUCUCUCAAAGGAAGUAGCACCAAAGGACAACGCAAGAUAUCAAAACUCUGUGUAUAAGGUUAUUGACAAUUCAACAGCUAAUGCUGGUUGCACGCAGGCGAGAGUGUGCGACUGUUCAAGUUGCUGCGAAACAUCUUCUCCCUCUCCUUCCAAAGAUUUUUAUUCACAUUGUUCUAAAUCGUCUUCCCCUGACGACGACGACACCACUUUCAAAGCUAAAAGAGUUCGUCGUCGAACAUCCAAAAUUGAGAGGGAUAAUAAUAAUAAUAGACGUCAAUAUGAGCGUACAACUAUCAAAGAAACUACAUCAAGUAGUAGCGAAUCUUCUGAUAAUAGUUCGUCGUCCUUUGGUGGUCAAUAUAUUCCAAGUACUGAUAGUAGUAGUAGUAGUAGUAGUAGUAGCAGUAACAAUAGCAGCGGCGAUGAGUCUAGUUCUUCACCGAGUCCAUGCCGUACCCGUGCUCUAGGCAGAACACGUAAAAUUAGUACCUCAAGUAGCUCGUCGCUAGAUAAUGACAGUAGUAAUAGUGACAAAAGCGCAAGACGCUCAGGAGCAGUGAGGCGACGGGUAGUUACGCGAAGUCGCGCACAAAUUAGUAAGCGAUGAAUCUAAAGUAUAAGGAUAAGCUGGAUAUGAUAAAGUGGCUUGCAACUAGUAAGCCAAGCCGUUAGCUCCCACAAUAUCGUAUCGUACGAUUCGUACGGUAAAGCGUCAUUCCCUCCCUCUCGCAUUAUUUAUAAGUAACACUCGCCUGCCUGCAACCCACACCUAGAUCGACCUUAAUCACUAAAACAAAUUGAUCAUAAGUGAGCUUUUUCAAUAGUAAUAUAAAGAUGUAAUUAUGUGUUCUUUACAAAGAUAAGACUAUGUAACAUGUUGAGUAUGAUUUUGUAAGUCGUUUUGUCAUAUUCUGUAAUUAAAUUUUAUAUUUGGAUUGUUAUGCAGAAAAAGAACUAAAUUUAUGAAAUGCAAACCUUAUAGUUGACCGCAAUGCAAAUUCAUGCACGAUUAGCGCCAUCACGUAUAUCAUAAACAUACUUGCUUAGUUGCAUAUGAUGUACGAUUGACUGGGCAAAUGUUAAGCACAACGACAGAUGAUAAGAUAAGAUGUGCAACACAGACGAUGCUCUAAUUCCGUCACAUUUAACUAAACCAAGCCCUCGCCCUUGAUUUCCUUUCCUUUUUCGCCCUUGUUUGCUGUACGCAUUAUUAUUUAUAAGGAUGAAACAAAUUCAUUUUUUCGUCCUACUUGUGGUGGUGACUUUGCUUCAGAAUGUCCAAGUUUACUCUUUUGAACCAUCUGAAUCAUCAACUUCUCCAGAAAAAGUUGAUGGCGUCCCUGAUGAUGUCCCCUGGGUUCUUCAUUCUGGUGACGACCAGCACAAUAAUAAAACUGAAGACGAGCAUGGAGUUGUUUUUGAGGAUUCCACGGAUUCCACUGCGAUUGAUGACGCCGAGACUGAAAUAACAGAGGAAUAUGAUGAGACGACCAUCGUUGACGGAAUAGCCUCAUCCGCCAGUACUAUUCCUCCAGAGAAUUUAACAACAUUAACUUUUCUUCCAAGUACUGAUGAUGAUCUAGAUAAGCUUACGGACCCCUCUCAGCCAGUUACAACGCAGAAAGAAUUGACAACGACGGCGUUGCCACCAUUGCCAAUUGAGGAGGGAGGAGGAUUAGCGACUUGGGCAAUAAUAGUUGUUGCCUUGCUAGUAUCCUUCGCUGUUAUAUUAACAGCACUCUCAUUUCUCCGCAGGUUUCUCAUCAGGAGGCGGAGAGAGGAUCAACGUAAAUUACUGCUGCGAAGUUCCUCUGCAUCGUCUGAAGGAUUUUUUUAUGGGGAUGGUUCUGGUGUCCACUCGACACGAUUUCACGAUUCGAUCUAAAAUUAAACCCUUGCAUAUCCGUUUGUGCCCAUUCGCAGAAUUAAAUAUACUCAUAAUACUACGUGCGUGCAUGCCAAUUCAGCUAAUUCAAUUUUCCGACUAAGCUAAUAAACAAACAACUGGGUUUUCCAGCA